UUCAAAAUGUCAGACACAGCUGGCGCACGCUUUCCCUUUGUUUAUCGAUCGUCUUUUGUUUGGCGCUAAAUUUAAAAAUGGCUUCCACACGUGGGGUGGCCGCCGACACCUCGUCCUCCGCAGAACCUCUAAUUUCAACGCUCACCGGCGACGAGGACAAUGAGACUGACCGUACCUUUGUGUUCUCCAAUGAAGGUCACACGCUCGGAAAUGCUCUCAGGAGCAUUAUCGCUAAAUACCCAGACGUCAUGUUCUGUGGGUACACAGUUCCACAUCCUGCAGAGGCAAAAAUGAAUCUUCGGAUCCAGGCCCUGGACACAUCGGCGAUAGACAUUUUGAGACGGGCGCUCACAGACCUUUCACAAGUUUGUGAUCAUGUGGAAAAAACAUUCAUAGAAAAAGUUGCGGAAUUCAAGGAAGCAAAUGGAGAGGCUAUGGAAAUUGGCUAAAAUCAGCUAAAAUUUAAAUUGGUAAUUUAAUUUGUAAAUAAAUAUGUAUAAGCUUGAUUAAACUAAUAUUAUUCUAUUUUUUUUUUAAAUUUCCAACUUU